AUGGCCCGAAGCUGCUUUCGACGGCUCUGGCCGUCACGCAUUCAUCUCGUGAUGCUGCUGUUCGGAUUACUGUUAAUCGCUGUUGCCAACGCCGCAUUUUUCACUCCCGAGGACGUCCCCGGUCCACCCGAGAAGAUUCUGGUAUCUCCAGCUAGUGACACAUCGAUGCGUGUGCAGUUCUUCCCGCCAUUAAACGUCAAACCCGAGGGCGUCAAUGGUGCUCCUGUCAUUGGGUAUAAAGUGGAAGUAGCUCGACGUGUGGACGAGGUGCAGACGUUCUCAGUGGCAGCCAUUGGUCCCAUCCUAGCGGGUGGCUACAAGGUCACGUUCAAGAACAGUCGAGGCAUCGAGACGACGUCGUGUAUCCCGUGGAAUGCCAGUGAAGUGGCGUUCGAGAUGGCACUGGAGGAACUGCCCAAUGUGGACAGCGUGGGGGUCUCGAGAUCGGCCUUAGGGGCCGCUAAGAACGGAUUCGUCUACACGAUCACAUUCGACGGCGCGUAUCUCGUCAGUGGUCGACAAUCGGAUUUAUUGGUGGGGGAUACGACUGGAUGCCGAGCUGUGCAGCCACCUAACCGGGCGUUGUCAUUUGAGGGGGCUCAUGUGACGUCAGGUGUCUCUGGAUUUUAUCCAGAAGUGUGGGAGAUUGUGUCGACGGAUAGUUCGGGGACGAAAGUGCUUGGAGGGACAUUCGACUUGUCUAUAGGCUUCGAAGGACAAUGGACAGACACGAACCCCGCAGUUACAGCCACUGUGGCUGCAGGAUCGAGAACAGCAAAGACUAUAGGAUCCAUGUUAGGCCGUGUGAAUCGAGGAGAUAAAGUGCGGAUUGGAGGAGAAGAGUUUACGGUUCAUGCCACCGCUCCGUUUACAGACUUGGAAUUACCGCUGGAUUCCUAUCAUGUCCGUGGAGUGACGGUUGCCACUACGAUUCAAGUGAUGGAUACGGCGCUGGGCAACGUCCAAGCUACAAAGACGUCGAAUUUGGUCACUACUUCGAGCGAUUUCAGCUCUAAAAUUGCUAGUGGAGAGCAGGUUCAAAUCGGCUCCAAAGUCUUUAAAGUGACGAAUGUUGGAGCGAAUAGUAUGACGUUGGAUUCUGCGUGGACUGACGAUACAACGCUCCAUAUAACGGCGUUUGUGCGAAAGAAAGCGACGUUGAGUGUGAAUGCAGAGGCAGCGGAGAUGAAGAGAGCGUUGAGUGCUUUACCCGGCGUCGGGUCUAUUGAUGUAUCACGGAUUGGCCCCACAAAAGCCAAUGGAUAUCGUUGGUAUGUUACGUUCCAGUCUCUCAACAGUGUGAGUCUUCGAGUCGACAAGAAGACUGGAAUCACGGACUUUGUUGACGUUUACGGUGUUGCCUGUGCCACGUGCACCGUAACAGCGUCAGUCGUACAGGACGACACGCAGACAACUACUCUAACUGAGAUCAAGGGCGAUUACUUAGCCAACGCAGUUGUGGCUUCACGAGAAGUUGGUGGAGCGAUUCAAGAAGUGCAGACGGUCUCUACAAAGGCAACUGCAGACGAUAUCAGUGGGUAUUUUACAGUCAGCUUUCAGUCUGUGGGUGGAGCAGUGAUCAACUUUGACGACACUGCAGCAGAUGUUCGAACCAAGCUGCAAAGUCUCGCUACUAUUGGACGACUAAACGUGACUCGAAGUGCAAACUCCGACUUCGGAGCGACCUGGACGAUCACGUUUCUGUCGAAUAUGGGCGAUUUGCCACCGCUUGUGGUUGAUGACAAAACUUUACUGAAAGGAACGGGAGUGAAUGUUGUGGUACAAGAAAUAGUAAAAGGUGUGGAUGUCGCGUUGGAGACAAUUAUUGAAGGACUAGAUCCGGGCCGAGACUACUACGUGCGUGCAUUUGCUCGGAACGAGAAUGGGUAUGGUGCGAGUACUACAGAUCUACAGCAGCGAGGACGAGGUGCUCUGCCUCUUCUAACAGCCGUAGCAACGUCUCCUGAUCCUCCAGGUAUCACUGGCAUGUGGCCUUUAUCCGGGUCGCAAAUGGAGCUCCGACUCUCUAACCCAGUGGAUCAUGGCGACCCUGUCUCGAAAUAUUUGUUCGAGUAUGCAGUGGGUGAUACCUUCGGAAAAGUUGCAAGCAAGAAAGUCUUCGUGUAUAAUUCUCUCGAGAACGACAUCGCUGGUACUUUCCGCUUACAGUACGGGGACGAUGCGACCUCCUUGUUGUCUGUUCACACCACUGCGAGCUCUCUUCAAAGCGCUCUUAACAGUCUUUCUUCCAUUCGUCCCGUAUCAGUCUCGCGUGCGUUGUAUGUGCUUACGGGCAGUCCUACCAUCACGUUUACAGAAGCGAAUAACCGCCUCACUACGCCAGUAUUGAAUGGGAUUCAAUGCGCGAUGCUGGAUAAGGGAGCCCGUAUAGAUGUGGGAGGGAAACGCUUUAUCGUUAGAGUGCAGCCUGUGGAGGGUAGCUCCUUUAUCGACGUGGAGUUAGGGCAUGGCGUUCAAGACUUUACAGUGAAUAAGGAUUUACUCAAACUGGACAGCUCUGGCCGUGUACGUGGACCGUAUGGAUACAUCUGGACGAUCUCGUUCGACAACGACGCUGGGGAUGUUGUGCACGGUAAAUACCCUGGACUACAGUUGCUGUCUUCGCUGACUUCGAUCGACUCUGGUCUAGCGUUACCUGUGAACUCGUACGGGAUUGCGCUCGGUCAAACUGGGAUUUCUGCCGAUCAUUACGGCUUCUUUGAGAUCAAUAACGACGAUAAAGUGUGUGAUACGUACGUUGUGGGGGCUCCUUCGUUCGUUCAAGUGGUUCGACUGUUUGCUCCGACGACAGCUACGGAUGGCGCGUUCAAACUCAAGCUGGGGAGUGAGACUACGAACUGUAUUACAUUAGGUAAAUCUGGAACACUCAGUACUAUGAAAAAGAAUCUGGAAGAUCUAGAUCUGGUUUCAAAAGUGACGGUGGACGAAGUAAGGAGAUUCAAAGUGACCACAACAACAAUAGUCACAGACUAUGAUAACACCGGUAAACUUACCGUUGCCAGCGCUCUCACCUCUGCCCAAGUGGGUGUUUUACUCAAGGACAGCAUCAUCCAAGUGAGUCGCAACCCCAACGAUUUCUCCAGACAUUCCUGUGAGUUUGUCAUCGAUGCUGCGCCUACUGCUGGACUCACCAAAAUUUCUGUUACACCACGAGGAUCCUGUGAUUAUUUUACUGGCGAAACUCGAGUGUUGAAGAUUUUGGAUUUUCACGACUAUCAAGUCCGUUUCUGGGGAUAUUAUCCGACAGGUGAGUGGCCAACGUUACAGUUCGAUUACGGUGCAUUUGGAACGGGAGCGUGUACACCAUGGGCACCUCUAAACUUGCAGGUAUACGGACAAGUGCACACCGUAAAAUACGAAGGUGUGUGCUCUAAAGGACAAGCUGGAAUCCAGACCAUUCUCGCAGACGCGUCGAGUACUAUUGGAGGCACCUUUACGUUGUCAUACAUGGGUAAAGUGACUUCCCCACUGUCGUUUAAAGAUACAGGGGCGGGUGAGAUGCGAGAUGCCAUCGACUCUAUUACUGCAUCUGGUACUGUAAACGUUAGUGUGAGUCAGUACGGCGCUUAUGGUAAGGCGUGGCAUGUUACGUUCGCAAAGGACCAAGACGAUGAGGAAGACGCUAUUUUCAUUCAGCACUCGCGGCUUACAGGACAAAACGCUUUGAUUAGCGUAUACCCCACCGUUACGGUGUUCACAGAUGCCAAGCGAAAUGAUAUCAGUGGCUCCUUCCGGAUAACAAUUGGUGGAGAAACCACCGAGCCGAUCGGAUUCUCGGCUACACAUAUGAAAGUCACACAGGAAUUACAGAAACUCAGUGUCGUGGAUUCGGUUGUGGCACUUGGCGAUAAGAGUGCAGGGGAUAUUGGAGUCUACGCGUUAGAGUUUACAGCCGAUGCAACUGCGAGUAGCAGUCUUUUAACCAAUAUCAAGCUUGAUGGAGCGUUGAUUGACCCGACCCGUUUCUUGGCGAUUGGAGAAACACUGGUACUAGGCUCACCUCCUGCCUCCUUCACAGUUAAGUCGAUGACUCCGUUUGAUAUCACACUCUCUACGGUCUUUCCGGCCUCGGCGGCGUCACAAAACUAUAACGUUUUGGCUGGAUUGAUCACUAAGCAGACGAAACCCUUACCGGGAUACAUCAUGGCUUGA